AUGUCUGCUGGCAAAGUUCUCAUCAUCCUCUCCGACGCCGACUCAUACCCCGUUAAAAAGCCCGACGGCUCGACCACGAACCAAGAGACAGGCGUCUUCCUCACAGAGCUCGCAAAGCCUCUCCAGAAGCUGCUCGAUGCUGGAUACGAAGUGACGUUCGCGUCGCCCUCCGGCCGCCGUCCCAACAUCGACCCGCUCUCCGAGUCGCUCGUCGUCUACUUCGGCAACUGGCUGCAAAAGAACAGGGACAACCAGCUCAUCCAGCGCAUGUACGCGGAGAACAACCUCGCGCUGCCGCGCCCGUUCCCGUCGAUCACCGAUGACGAGCUCGAGAGCUACGCGGGCGUCUUCAUCCCCGGCGGGCACGCGCCCAUCCGCGACCUGGGCAACAACCCCGACCUUGGACGCAUCUUGUGGCACUUCCACGGCCGCGGGAAGCCUACGGCGGCGAUCUGCCACGGUCCGCUAGCGCUGCUCUCCACCAAGUAUGCGCGAGACUCGCCCGGCUUCGCGUACAAGGGCUACAAGCUCACGUCGUGGUCUGACGCGGAGGAGCGCCUCGUGGAGAGGCUGCAGGGCGGCGAGAUCCCGAAGGUGGAGUCCACGCUGCAGGCCGAGGGGGCGGAGAUGGUGUCCACGGUCGGCAAGAAGGCCGGCGGCAUCACCGUGGACAGGGAGGUGGUAUCUGGUGCGAAUCCGAUGGCGGCGGAGGGGCUGGGCAGCAAACUGAUUGAGAUGCUGCGUGCGUGAACGGCUUGGCCCGCUCAGACUGGUGGGAGUGGCAUCGGUCGUCCGUGUACUUAUAUUUACCUACCCUAGUACGUGACGCUUUAUAAUAAGAGGAACUCGGCU